AUGGCAAAUUGAACCCAACUAGGAUUACAAGACGCAUCUUCCCCCCUAAUGGAAGAACUAAUCUAUUUUCAUGAUUACACUCUAAUCAUUCUUACCCUAAUCACAAUACUAGUCUUCUACGGGUUAGCAUCACUCCUAUUCUCCUCCAGAACAAACCGGUUCUUUUUAGAGGGGCAAGGACUAGAAACCAUAUGAACAAUCAUUCCCGCUAUUAUCCUUAUAUUCAUCGCACUUCCCUCCCUCCAGCUCCUCUACCUCAUGGACGAGGUAAAAAACCCCUUCCUCACCAUAAAGGCGAUAGGACACCAAUGAUACUGGAGAUACGAAUACGCAGACUACCGUGAAUUAGAAUUUGAUUCAUACAUGAUUCCCACUUCAGACCUUUCCUCUGGUAUGCCCCGCUUACUAGAAGUGGAUAAACGACUGAUACUCCCCGCCCAAACGCCAAUCCGAGUAUUGGUAUCCUCUGCAGACGUCCUCCACUCCUGGGCGAUCCCUUCCCUCGGAGUAAAGAUGGAUGCGGUCCCAGGACGACUAAACCAAGUGAAAUUGUUCAUUUCCCGGUGCGGCAUAUUCUAUGGUCAAUGCUCAGAGAUUUGCGGGGCAAACCAUAGAUUCAUGCCCAUAGUCAUUGAGACCACAAAAUUUUCCUCAUUCGAAACAUGAGUAUCUAACUUCUUAACGGAAU